AUGAUAGGUGUGAAGAUUUUUUUCAACGCAAUUUGGUUUUUGUGCUGUCUGUUGUUGAAUGCGAAAGAGGCGAAAGCUGGUCCAUUCAAAGAUUUUUAUGCAUGCUAUGUAACGCAUGUAUGCGAGUGUGGUCUUCUUGAUCAGUACAACCAAUGUUACCUGAAAGCCCCACAAUCCAUACGUCAUCUUGGGGCCGACAUUUUCCGAGAUUACUUUCCCGGAAAUUUUACUGGUGAUGAUGGUUUGAUUCCCUUCACCACCCAAAUGUGCAAGGAUAAGGAAAAUGAAUUGUUUUUCAAGAUCUGGGACCGAACUGAAAAGGAAUUGAGAGCUUUUGAGAGAAAAAUGGUAAUGAAUCUUAUGCUGGCACGUGAUUCUGUAAAGACGCAAACAGCAAAGGCAUGCGUCUCACCUUUAAUAGCAAGAUGCAUAGAAUAUGGAAAUGCAUGCCGCUGAGAUUGCUUUCCAGAUACAUUGGACUAAAUUGGAAAGAAAGAUAAGACAUUUGACGAAUCUUUUACAUUAUAAAAUAGUCAAUGAAGA